GUUUGAGCCUCUGCAGAGUGUGAAGAUCUUACUUCGAUAGUUCCUCAAGCCCAUGAAGAUGCUGUGUCAGACUCUUCACCAGUUUGGCCAGAAGUUGGUCCGCAGGCGGCCCCUGGAGCCGAGAGAGGGGUCGGAGAGCCGCUUGGCCCGCUGCCUCAGCACCCUGGAUCUGGUGGCCCUGGGCGUGGGCAGCACCCUGGGGGCAGGGGUGUACGUCCUGGCCGGCGAGGUGGCCAGGGAGAAAGCGGGCCCCGCCAUCGUCCUCUGCUUCCUGCUGGCCGCCCUGUCUUCGGCGCUGUCCGGGCUCUGCUACGCGGAGUUCGGCGCCCGGGUGCCGUGUUCCGGCUCUGCGUACCUCUACAGCUACGUGACGGUGGGCCAGCUGAGCGCCUUCAUCACUGGCUGGAACCUCAUCCUCUCCUACGUCAUCAAUGCUGCCAUUGUGGCCAGGGCCUGGAGCACCACCUUUGACCACCUGAUUGGAAGCCACAUCUCCAGUGCCCUGGAGGGAAGCCUCUCUCUGCAUUUACCUCAUCCUCUGGCCAAGUACCCAGACUUUUUUGCCCUGGGCCUGGUGCUGCUGCUCACUGGAAUACUGGCUCUGGGAGGCAGAGAAUCCGCUCUGGUCACCAAAAUCUUCACGGGUCUGAACCUCUUGGUUCUGGGCUUCGUCAUCACCUCCGGCUUCAUAAAGGGAGAUGUGCACCACUGGCGGCUCACGGAGCGGGACUACAAGUCGGCCGCUGAGCACAAUCACACCUCCAGCUUGGGCCCUCUGGGCUCUGGAGGGUUUGUACCUUUUGGCUUUGAUGGGAUUCUCCGAGGAGCAGCCACCUGUUUCUACGCCUUCAUUGGUUUCGAGUGCAUCGCCACCACGGGAGAAGAGGCUCGAAAUCCUCAGCGGUCCAUCCCCCUGAGCAUCGGCAUCUCACUCUUCAUCUGCUCUUUGCUAUUUCUUGGGGUCUCAGCGGCUCUCACGCUGAUGGUGCCCUACUACCAGAUUCGCCCUGACAGCCCCCUGCCCGAGGCAUUCCUCAAGAUUGGGUGGGGCCCUGCCAGAUACGCAGUGGCUGUUGGCACCCUCUGUGCGCUCUCCUCCAGCCUCCUGGGGUCUAUGUUCCCUAUGCCCCGGGUGAUCCACGCGAUGGCAGAGGACGGGCUCCUUUUCCGGGGACUCGCCCGCAUCCAUGACCGCACCCGUACCCCCGUUGUGGCUACCAUAGUCUCAGGAAUUCUUGCAGCACUCAUGGCGUUUCUCUUCGAGCUCACUGGCCUCGUGGACCUCACAAUCACUGGCAGCUUGUUUGCUAAUGGACUCUUGGCCUUCUCUGUUCUUGUGCUCAGAUACCAACCAGAGCAGAAUGAGAAAAUGGAAGUGGAAAUGAUUGUCUUGAAACCUAAAGUUGACGGGCAUUCUUUGGAAUCUGUACCUGAAGCUGGAACCUCCAAGACCCUAAAGAGUCUGUGUAAACCUCUGAGUGCUGCUCCCACUCUGAAAUCUGGCCAGAUUGUCUAUGGAUGUGCCUUACUGCUUGUCCUCCUGCUGACGUUUUUAUGCCUGAUACUGUCCCAACUGUCCAGUCAUCUGUCCUCUGGAGAGCCAGCAUUUAUAGUAGGGACCGGGCUGCUGCUUGUGGUCAUUUUCAGGAUCACUGUCAUCAUUUGGAGACAGCCCCAGAACCCCACUCCUCUUUACUUCAAGGUGCCUGCUGUGCCUGUCAUCCCACUGUUAAGCAUCUUUGUGAAUAUUUACCUGGUGAUGCAGAUGACUGCUGGGACCUGGGCCCAAUAUUGCAUCUGGAUGGUGAUUGGAUUUGCCAUAUACUUUGGAUAUGGGGUUCAACACAGCUUGGAGAAGGAAAGUGAUCAACAUGUACCAGUCUCCAUUUCCAAAGCUUUUGACAAAUACAUGCCCAAUGAGGAAUUUGUUUAGCUGGAAGAAUAUAUGCUAUGCUGAGUCCCUCUUACCUGGCAGUACCUUCUGGUUCAAGAGUUUGAACUUGGGUGGGGUAUCUGGUGGGAUUUAUAAUGAACCCUGUAUUUAUUUUCAGUGGACAAAAUGCAUUGUCUGUUGUACAGUUUUAUUUAUUUAUUUUUUGUUGGACAGUUUUAAAAUA